AUGAUAAAAGUUAUAAAAGAAUUGCAUGAUGCGUGUGAACACAAUCAUAUUCAACAUGUCCGUAACAUUCUUCAAUCGCAUACAAUAGACGAUUUAAAUGGAGUCGAAAAGUACGAAAAAACUACUGCACUUAACAUUGCAUCGUAUCAUGGGCAUCAUGACAUUGUUCAAUUACUUCUUGAACAUGGUGAUUUAAUGAUAAAAAAAAAUAGAGAUGGCCUCACACCAUUUAGUCAAGCAAAAGAUGAAAAAACUAAGAAAAUAUUUGUUCAGUAUCAACGUGUGCUACCUCGCUUUGCUGGUGACUUACUUGAAUGGACUGUAGCUUAUCGAGAACCAGCCAUCAAGAGAGCUCAAAUUCGUCAGUAUGUUACUCGGAAUCAUUUUAUCAGUGGUUCUUUUGAAAGUAUUUCUCGCCGUUACGUUUGUUGUUAUCUAGCACUUGAAGGGGUUUCUAGUAAAGAAAUUGAUCAACUGCAGUCAAUAGGAUAUACUUCUGCUCAUAAAUUUAUUUGUGCGUAUACAAGUACUGGUCGCUUUCACAAAUAUAUCAAUCGCCAUUUGGCCACAUAUGCAUUGACCUAUUUUGAUUCGUCAUUUGACAUAUCUACUCUUUAUAGCUUCAUUUAUUGUCUUCUCAGUAUUGUUGCUAUGAUUUUAAAGGAUAUGCGUUAUCAGAGAUCAUUUACUGGACAUGUAUAUCGUGGCAUGUUGAUGACGCAAGAAGAUCUUUAUAGAUAUGUAGUGGGUUCUCACGUUCUCAACACAGCUUUUCUUUCAGCAUCGAAAAAUCGUAUCAUAGCCGAGAUAUUUGGUGGCAUUCAAGGACGUGAACCAUCGUCAACACAAGACCCUGCAUGUGUUAAUGUUCUUUGCAGGUACGAUAUCCGAAACUUAACAACGGCGUAUGAUAUUGAAGAGCUAUCCAAUAUUCCAGUCGAAAGUGAAGUUUUAAUUUUUCCCUUUUCGGCUUUUACUGUCACUCGUGUCCAAAAGACAUCUUCUGGUAGUGUAGAGAUCGACUUGGAUGAAUGUAGAAUAGCAGAAUGGUCGGAUGAUGAUGCUUCAAAUAUCUAA